UUUGUCGCUGAGAGAAUGAACAACGUCAACGGUCGUCAAGAUAUAGAGCACCACAACGCAAGUCAUAGGCCAUUGAAAGAAGACUACUGUAAGAGAAGACACGCACAAGAGUUGAUCUGUCUGAGAAUCACGAUGUUGAAGCGGGCAGCGCUUAGUUCGCAGCUGAUUCUGCUGAUGAUGGUGGCUAAAACUGCAGCAUUAGCCUCCCUCAACGACAACACUGGGGAAAUCAGUCUCAGUUCCGAACAGCUGGAAGCAGCUCUUACUCAGGCCAGAGUUCAGCUUGAGGAAGAACGGAGUCAAGAAAGUGCCUUUGCGGAAUUUGACUUAUCUGCGUCAGAACCUGGCUCCACAACGGACCAGCACAACAAGUUCACAUUCACAGCACCUGAGAGUAUUAUCAAAGGAAACAACCAUCGCUUCAAUGUCCUCCUAGUUACAGAGAUGCUAAAGGAAGCGAAAGUACCACAGGAGUCCGUGCCCUUUGUGUUAAAGAAAGGUUUCGGCCCAGAGCUCGAGUGCGGUUAUAGCCAUGAGUUCGAAGAACAGUGUAAUUCCUCCUCCCCCUACCGAACAGCUGAUGGCUCUUGCAACAACCUCGAGCAUACAACCUGGGGCAAGGCAUCAAUACCAAUGAGGCGAUGGCUGGAUUCCGCUUAUGAUGACCAUAUAUCUUCCCCUCGAGAACAAUCCCAUAAGUCGUCUUCAAAGUUACCAAGUGCCCGCCUGGUCAGCACGACUGUCCACACCCCGUCAACAGACUCCGACCUCAGCAAGGAAUACACCCACAUGUUGAUGCAGUGGGGUCAAUUCCUUGAUCACGACAUCACCAGCACACCAUCACAGAAGCGCAAAGCGUCGGAGGACGAGAAAGAGAAAGAGAAAGAGAAAAGUGGUGCGUAUGGCGGUUCUGUUGGAUGCUGCGAUUUUCAUAAAGAUCCUCUGGGGAAAAGACCCGAGUGCUUCCCCAUCGACAUUCCCCAACCCGAUAGACACUUCAAGUCCACCUGCAUGAAUUUCGUGCGCUCGGUUCAAGUAGCGAACGAACAUUGCGAAGCAGCUCCCGUGGAACAGCUGAACCAGAUCACAGCCUACAUAGACGCCUCACAGGUGUACGGGUCGUCACAGGAAGAACAGAAGAAACUACGGACAUUCGUUGAUGGUCAGCUGAAGAUGAAAUUGACUCACUUGCCGAAAGAUUCGCAACCAAGCUGUACCACACCAAACAGCCCUAGUUACUGUUUCCUAGCAGGUGAUCAUCGAGUGAAUGAAAAUCCAACUCUUCAGAGCAUGCACACCAUCUUCAUAAGAGAACACAACCGUAUAGCUAGAACACUUCAAGAAAGUAACUGUCACUGGAGCGAUGAAAUGACUUUCCAGGAGGCCAGGAAGAUAGUCGGUGCUAUCAUACAGAAAAUCACGUAUGACGAAUACUUGCCUAUUAUCAUCGGAAAGCAUGCCAGCAAGUAUGACUUGCCAAUUGGAUCUGGGAGCACUUACGCCAACGUCUAUAGCACAAAGACAGACGCCAGCAUCAGGAACGCCUUCGCUACGGCGGCUUUCAGAAUGGGACACUCCAUGAUCCGCAGCCACUUAGCUAGCUACAACUCUUCAUAUAGUAAUCUCGGUGAGGACGAACUAAGCGAGAUCUUCGGCAACACGGAUCUCAUUCUGAACGCCAACAACAGGAAGGUUGGUCAUUACUGUAGAGGGCUGGUUCAGGACGGAGUUCAGAAUGCAGAACACAAACUGACGCAGGAGGUCACGGACAAGCUGUUUGCUGACAGUAAUGGCAAUAGUCUGGACCUGGCAGCUCUCAACAUCCAGAGAGGAAGAGACCACGGGCUACCGUCUUACAUCAAAUGGAGGGAGUACUGUAACGUUUCAACAGCUACAUCUAUAUCUGACCUGGCUUCCACGACACACACAAACACUACAGCGAAUCUUUUGAAGAAAGUGUAUAAACACAUCGACGACAUUGACCUGUUUCCUGGGGCUCUGUCUGAGAAGCCCAUUCAAGGAGGACUUCUGGGACCGACAUUCACCUGUCUCCUGGGGAAGCAGUUCCAGGCCCUGAAGGAAGGAGACCGAUUCUGGUUUGAAGUGGACAACGCAUAUGUGAAAUUUACUCCGGGCCAGCUGAAAGAGAUCCGGAAAGCCAGUCUGUCCAGGGUAGUGUGUGACAAUACGGACACCUACAUGAUCCAGAAGAACGCCUUCAUCAAGGGACCUUCGGUUUCAUGCGGUUCUUUGGAUGAAAUUAACCUCGACCACUGGAAUUAGCCGAGCACAGGCACCUGGAAGACCUGGACGUCCUGGGGAACAUGCUACUCCGGCAAACAGAGGAGAAGUCGCUCAUGCAAGACCUGUGACUGCACUGGUCAGAGUUCUCAGAGUCGUAGCUGUGGAUGUGUCCCAUGGUGUUGGUUCCAGGGGCAUACAGACUUUUCAAAGACUUUUAAGACGGUUGAACCCGUUGAUGUUGCUCGAGCUGCUGCUGCUCAUGACGUCAAGAACUAAUUUCAAGCUCUACACUUUUAGUAAUAUAAGUUAUCGAGUAUCACGUGUUAUUUCUUUGACCAUUACCUGUUGACAAACGGAAACAAUUUGUCACUUUAUACUAUGCUUGAUCUUCAUGUGUACUGUGUAUUCUUUGAAAAUAUACCCAUUGAUCAUAGCUGAUUUCAGGGUAGCCAUACGAAAUCGCUGCCCAUGUUCACAUUUAGUCCCACAAACUUGAUCUCUGCACUUUCCCUUCUGUAACACCGUCAAAUGUCCACAUAAUACUGAAUGGAAAUAAUGUUCAUGGCCUUUGGCCUCCUCAGCGUUAUG